GUGCCCCGCCGCUACAUGCAUCGCUCGCCUGUUCCUCUGGCCGCAGCCCGCAACACCAUCUUGCUGUGCCGGCGGUGGCUGAUGCCGGUCCCGGGUGCUUCCUCCUCCCGAGCGCCCGGAGGGUCCCCACUCCGCAACGCCUGGCGAACGUGUUUGCUGCCUGCCAUUUUUGUCCGGGCGCACGGGCCGCCCUCCUGCCUGCUCCGGCUUCCUCCUGCCUGUGCCCAUAGGUUAGGAUGGUUAUUCAGCUGGCUUCCUGCCUGGUGUCCUACAUCACUGCAACACCUUAAAGAGGCUGAGGACAAAAUGCUGAAAUGUAUUGCAAGCACAUAUGAUAAACGAUAUGUGUAUCUGCCUAAUGGAAAUAAAAUAUGGACGCUGUCAUUCUCUCCAGAGCUCUCACAUAGAACUCCACUUGUUCUCCUGCAUGGGUUUGGAGGAGGUGUUGGACUAUGGGCUCUCAAUUUUGAAGACCUCUGUGAGAACAGGACUGUUCAUGCUUUCGACCUCUUGGGAUUUGGACGGAGCAGUAGACCACGCUUCGACACUGAUGCUCAGGAAGCAGAAAAUCAGUUUGUGGAAUCCAUAGAAGAAUGGAGAAAGGAGAUGGGGUUAGAAAAAAUUAUCUUGCUUGGACACAACCUUGGUGGAUUCCUGGCUGCUGCUUACUCAUUAAAAUACCCAUCAAGGGUCAAACAUCUUAUCUUAGUGGAGCCAUGGGGUUUUCCAGAGAGGCCUGACAAUGCUGAACACGAAAGACCAAUUCCAAUCUGGAUCAAAGCACUAGGAGCUAUAUUGAGUCCAUUUAAUCCAUUAGCUGGGCUGAGGAUAGCAGGACCCUUUGGAUUAAGCCUUGUUCAGCGCUUAAGGCCCGAUUUCAAACGAAAGUAUUCAUCAAUGUUUGAUGAUAACACUGUUGCUGAAUAUAUCUAUCACUGCAAUGUACAGACACCCAGUGGUGAAACAGCUUUCAAGAAUAUGACGAUCCCUUAUGGAUGGGCAAAAAGGCCGAUGCUGCAACGGAUUCCACAAAUGGAUCAAGACAUUCCUAUCACUGUGGUCUAUGGAGCACGUUCAUGUAUAGAUGGCAAUUCUGGCAGCACUAUCCAGUCUCUGAGACCAAAUUCAUAUGUGAAGACAAUAGCUAUCCUUGGUGCAGGUCAUUACGUGUAUGCUGAUCAACCUGAAGACUUCAAUCAGAAAGUGAAAGAUAUCUGUGAUUCUGUGGACUGACUGUCUCCUGUUCUUUAGAAAGUCAUGCCAUAGAUAAUAUUUGAUAGCGAUACUGUCUAGGAAAUCACUAAAGAACAUGGAGCUA